AUGAGCACGGGGCGAGGACGUGGGUCGAGAGAGCCCGGCACCAGUAGCCCUUUCCGGUCGCCCUUUUUCCAGGUUUGGGUGGGAAUUCCAAGAGGGUCUUCUUUGGGGAACUGUUCGAUGGCCAAGUUGAAGUCGCAGGUGGUGACCUGUUGGAGGGUGUGUGGAGAUAAGCGUAUUUUCCCUCGCCCUGCAAAGAGGUCGGGCUACGUGUUGCCGGAGUCGAAGCCAAAGCCCAUCGGCAGGAAGAUCAAGGUGUUGGCACUUCAUGGAGGAGGAUCGAAUGCCAACAUCAUGAAAUACCAGGUCAUGCCGCUGCGGCGUGCCCUUGGGGAUCAGGCCGAGUGGGAGUUCCUCAACGGCGGCCGAAGUUGGAAGUUCAACGAAGGGGAAGAGCCACCAGAGGUCAUGAAGGCUCUCGCCGCUGGGAUGCCCUUUUAUGGAUGGUAUGCGGUGCAGCACAACGACACCUCCGACCGGCCCUAUCAGGACCUGGCGGACCUGCCGACCACACCUAAUGGAACCACCAACACCUUCUGA